AUGGCUGGACGCGGAGGAGGAGGCAGCAAGAGCAGCAGCCUGUACGCGGUGCUGGGCGUGGCUAGCGACUGCUCUGAUGCCGACCUGCGCAACACCUACCGCAAGCUCGCCAUGAAAUGGCACCCAGACAAGUGCGCUGGGAGCUCCGUCGGCAGCACGAACGUGGGCAAGGCCAGGUUUCGGAAGAUCCAGGGAGCCUACGCCGGACGUUACUCCGACGCCUCCUAUGUUUUCUCUGGGGACUACUACCAAGAGGCUGGCGCCUUCUUCAACCGCAUCGACAACACCCUCCUCGCCAUACAAGAAAGGCAAACACAGCACGGGCGACUCCUGGAACAGCAACAAAAGUGGAACCAGGACCACGCCGCUGCGGGACAAGACAUAAGGGGAGACACCACGACGAUGAACGACAACAUCACCACCAUGAUGCGGUUCUAG